AUGGAAAGUAAGAAUGACACUUGUGUAUCAGCAUUCUCCCUUCUGGGCCUUUCAGAUAAUCCUGAACUACAGUCCAUCCUCUUUGGACUAUUCCUAUGCAUGUACCUGGUCACUGUGCUUGGGAACCUGCUCAUCAUCCUGACCAUCAGCACUGAUACCCAUCUUCACACACCCAUGUACUUCUUCCUCUCCAAUCUCUCCUUGGUUGACAUCUGCUUCAUCUCCACCACAAUUCCAAAGAUGCUGAUGAACAUUCAGACACAGAGCAAAGAUAUCUCCUACAUAGAGUGCUUCACUCAGGUGUAUUUUUCAAAUACUUUUGUUGGAAUGGACACAUUUCUACUAACAAUAAUGGCCUAUGAUCGCUUUAUGGCCAUAUGCCACCCACUGAACUACAAUUCCAUCAUGAACCCUAAGCUCUGUGGUCUCCUGGUUCUGCUGUCAUGGAUAACAAUGGUCUGGGUUUCCCUCAUUCACAUUCUACUGAUGAUUCAGUUGCAAUUCUCUAUAGGCACUGAAAUCCCACAUUUCUUCUGUGACCUGGCUCUAGUUCUGAAGGUCACCAGCUCUGAUACUUUUCUCAAUAACAUCUUCAUAUAUUUUAUGAUGGCUUUGCUGGCUAUUCUUCCUUUCACUGGGAUCCUUUUCUCUUAUUUUCAGAUCAUCUCCACCUUAAUAAAAAUGUCUUCUACUGUGAGCAAAAAUAAAGCAUUUUCAACCUGUGGCUCUCACCUCAUUGUGGUCUCCUUAUUCUAUGGAUCAGCACUGGGGGUUUAUCUCAGCUCUGCUGUAAACCAUUCUUUCCAGGGGAACAUGAUUGCCUCAGUGAUGUACACUGUGGUCACACCUAUGCUGAACCCCUUCAUCUAUAGCCUAAGGAACAAAGAUAUGAAGGGGGCCCUGGGAAGGUUCUUCAGCACAGCAACCUGCCAUCUUUCACAGAUGAGUCACUUUAACCUUAAGUGA